CGGGCCUCGGGUGCGCGGGCACGCGGGACUCCCAGCUGUCAAUCAGGCGCGGGCUGAGCUCUACGAGGCGGAGCGGCGGCGGUGGCGGCGGCGAUGGGACCCCAGCGAGAGAUCUGCAGCUAGGCUGGCUGCACUUGCUCCACGGGUCAGGGGAUCGGAGGGGAGAGUUUUUCCUAAAUAGGAUUGAAGAAUGUGCCAUUAAAAGGAACGAUCAAGGAGUAAACCAAAAGAAGAAGAAAAAGAGGACUUCAAAGCUGGGAAGGAUGAGUUCUUGCAGCAACGUCUGUGGGUCCAGGCAGGCACAGGCUGCAGCUGAGGGCAGGUACCAGCGCUAUGGAGUCCGGUCCUACCUGCACCAGUUUUAUGAGGACUGUACAGCCUCAAUCUGGGAGUAUGAGGAUGAUUUCCAGAUCCAAAGAUCACCUAACAGGUGGAGCUCAGUAUUCUGGAAGGUCGGACUCAUCUCAGGUACAGUCUUUGUGAUCCUCGGAUUGACUGUUCUGGCAGUGGGCUUUCUUGUGCCCCCCAAAAUCGAAGCAUUUGGCGAAGCCGAUUUUGUGGUGGUCGACACGCAUGCUGUCCAGUUUAACAGUGCUCUGGACAUGUACAAGCUGGCAGGAGCCGUUCUCUUCUGCAUUGGAGGCACGUCCAUGGCAGGGUGCCUGCUGAUGUCGGUGUUUGUAAAGAGCUACUCCAAAGAAGAAAAAUUCCUCCAGCAGAAGUUUAAAGAACGAAUCGCAGACAUCAAAGCCCACACCCAGCCGGUUACAAAAGCUCCAGGGCCAGGGGAAACAAAGAUUCCAGUCACUUUGUCCAGGGUUCAAAAUGUCCAGCCUCUCUUGGCAACCUGAAACCUUUCCCACUCCAGUUCUUCUUGUCUGAUUUAUGCCUGUGGUUAAAAGGAGCAGGCCAGUUUUCGAGAUAAAGAAGAUUUGGCGUUGACUGCCCCAGGGCUGUGUUCAGCUGUGGGCAGUAUAGUGGGUGGACUCACACUUGCUCAGUUCAGGCAGCUCUGCUGGAGGUCGGUGCCAUGCCUAAGCCUGUGCACAUGCAUCCAGCUGCUUAAGACGGGUGCUUCCUUGUACCCGGCCACCAGAAGCCCCCUGGAACUCCUCUUUCAUAGAUCGUGACUUUGUGUUAUUUUCCGUGUUAUUUGAAAGUGCCGAACAGUUUAGACCAGCUCACCAAUGGCCAAUGUGGUCUAUUUUAUUUUCUAAUAUUGGUUUAUCUAAUCUUUUCUGCGUGGUGCUGUCUUCCAUUCCUGUCUCACUAUGUGUAAGAUUUUGUCAUAUGUGUUCAUAGAAACAUGGAGUUCUCUGAUUUUGAUCCGAACAUGAGUUUUUUAACUAUAUCUUGACAUGAGGUUCCUGACAUUGGAUACAAAGUUAUCAGCAUUCACAAAUCUUUUUGUUUUUUCCAUUUUUUUUCCCCCUUUGAGAUGAAGUGCUGUUCUUUUGCCUAGGUUGGAGUACAGUGGUGAAAUCAUAGCGCACUGCAGCCUUGAACUCCUGGGCUCAAGCGAUCCUCCCACCUCAGCCUCCCAAGUAGCUGGGACUACAGGCACCUGCCACCAACCCCAGUUAAUAUUUUUUUUAGUUUUUUUUUGGAGGCAGGAUCUUGCUAUCCAAUUUUUUUAAAAAAAGCUAAAAUUGCCGACUUUAGAAUCUUGACAAAAAAUUAAUUUUAGGAGAGUCUAUUUAUGCAGUGUUCAAAAGUACUGAAUUAGAAACCAGGAAAUUUUAGUUCCCUCUACUACCUGUGUGAUCUUGGGGAAAUUAUUUAACCUCUCAGUCCUAAUUUUCCCCUUCUGUAUAAUGGGAGUCCUGAAUCACAAUAUGUCUGGGCUCUCAUUACUCAAACAUCCGAGAUUCCAUUUUUGCCAUUUGUCGUCGAGUCUCUCCCCAACAGAUGUUUGUGAUGUUUUUGUGGCUGUCACCAUGGUAGGAUUCUUUCAGAAUUAGACUCCUGGAAAGUCACUGAGUCAGCAGCCUUCACACCAUCUACCCUUAAAUAUCCAACCCCAGCAAUUUAUACAAUGCUGUCAUAUUUUUAUAAAAACAAAAGUAAGCCAUCCUCAAAUAAGGAACCCCUUGGUAGAUAUUAACCUUAAAAAGGGUUUUCAUUCUCAAACAAGAUGCUUUGUUCUCCAACAAGAUGUUCAUCUCAUCACUUGCACUUUUAUUUUAAUGUAUGGAUUCAGAUUAGACUGAGAAAAAUGGAAAACGUGACCUUGGUAUUUUCUUAAAAUUGUGCCACCUUAGAGCGCCCCCCACCUUUUUUUUUCUUCCUUCUCUGGAUAAAUAAAAUAUGUGAACAAGUGGAACCUGAAUUGCAUUGUCAUUCCUUCAGUGUGGUUAUUUUCUCUCCAACAUGUAAUUUUCCAUUCUGAGACUGAAUAAGCUCUGAUGUUUCCCCGGCUAAAUGGAAGAAUAAAUGAAGCAAUUAGUA